AUGGGCGUAGCUAGGGGGGGACAGCAGUGUGCACGGCCCGCCCCAGAAAGCCCGGUGCUCCACCCCAGAAAAAAGGAUCUAAUAUUAUUAUCAUUGUCGUAUCGCCGCACGCUGGCUUCUCUUAAACGUGAGAGUGAUCUGGACUGGUGCGACGCCAGUACGACCGAUUACGUCGAAGACUACAGCGAAGAAGAGCUGAAGAUGGUAGAAACGUCGUCUCAGUCGUCUCCUAGGAAUGCGACGACAUUGGUCCCGCAGCAUUUUUUAGGGAAUAUGUUUCUGGGAGAGGGUUUCAAACCGGUUUAUAAACAUCGAAGUCCAGCGGCUACGUCUUCGUCUCCUAGUGGUAGUUCUCUGUUUACUAUCGAUAGUAUCUUGGCACCGCGGCCCAAACCCAAUUCUCCUCAGAGGCCGAUGUUGCAGCAUCCCUCUCUUCACUUGGGGCACAUAGCUGCUGCUGCUGGAGGUUUUGGGACAACUUCUGCGGACUUUUUGGCCAUGGCGUACCCUGGGCUCUAUCCCGGCUACGUGCACGCUUUGGCAGCUGCCUCUCAAGCUGCUUCUCUUGCUGGGGGCCCUCACCAUCAUCCUCAACAUCAACCACCGAAAAGGAAGAGAAGGCAUAGGACUAUCUUCAGCGAAGAGCAGCUAGAACAGUUAGAAGCCACUUUCGAACAGACGCAUUACCCAGAUGUAGUCCUGAGGGAACAGUUAGCUUUAAAAGUGGAUUUGAAGGAAGAACGUGUAGAGGUCUGGUUCAAGAACAGACGGGCAAAAUGGAGGAAACAAAAGAGGGAGGAACAGGAGCGAAUGCGAAAGAUUCAAGAGGAAGACGUCUGCAGGCCCGCAGUCGAUCAAGGGAGGCUUAUGCCGCCUCAGAAUUUCACCGAUGAUGAUUCGUCUGAUUUGGAGGUCGCCUAA